GACAUUUACGUGUUGAAAACUGUGUGUGUAAGAAUGGUAAUGGCUGAUCGUGUAUAUGCCUUUCACUUGGGUAGAAUAACUCUGGUUCGAUCUGGGAAUCUGGGACGAGAAAGGACUUCUUGGGAUGCUGAAUCCAGUUCCUUAGAGCUAAAGUCCAUUUCAGCCAAAUGGCCGAGAUGUAUCUUAAAAGUUGUUGUUAGGAAUAGUAAGGGAUAGUAGGAAUAGUAAAGUGCUUGAAACUGCUUUAGAAGUUCAUUACUUUCAUAGUAACUCUAUUUCUGACUUUUUUCGUAAAUUGGUAAAAAUUUCAGUUCAAGUCUAAUUCUAGUCAGUCAUUUGCAGAAAAGGUGGGUGUUGUAUCUCAGCUGGUGAUGGAUGGUGCUUCAUGCAGUGAUACUAACAGGUGUUCAUUACUGGUGGAUGCUUAUUAGCUUUGCUCUGUGAUCUUCUGCUCUUUCUGGACACAUCACAUAAGCUGUUCACAAAAUCUUGGGGAUAAAUUAAUAUGAUGCAUUUAUAUCCCUGUUUGUCAGCCAUUUCCAAAUGAUGAGUCCUUGCAGUGGCACUGAGGGUGCUCCAUUUUUGCAUAUCCAGCAAAGCAUAACUGGCUCAUGCUUCCUUACUGUGUCACUACCUUCACUGAGAAACUUUAUGUAAAGUCUAAAAUUGAAUGGUUGGAAGAGUUCACAAAUAACUUCCAAAAUAGGUUGUUAGUGGACACUUUUUCUUCUUCUCCUCUAUACCCAUUCUACUCGUUAUGACUUUUCUUAAUACAAAGUAAUUUAAAAAUCUAACCAUGUAACAAUGAACUACUCUCACUCUGAUCACUUCUUUUCCUUCUUGAUUUGCUACUGUAGAUUCAGAUGAAAAAAUGUCCUCAGGUUUGUUUUAUUUCUCUUUUUUUCAGGAGUGGUUUUGCAAAGUGGACAGUAAUGGAGUAUAUGAGCACGGGUAGUGAUAGCAAAGAGGAAAUUGACUUGUUGCUAACUAAUUUAAAUAUGUCUGAAGUGAUAGACAUCAUGGAAAACCUUUAUCCAGGUGGAGACCUUGGCGUCUAUGAGGACAGCUUAAUUACGAUGUGUGAAGAGGAAAAUCAAAAUGAAGAACGUGCAGAAUCUUUACUGUUUUGUGAGAGGGAGGUUUCUUUGAUGUCCUCCGUCAAAUAUGGGACUGUGGAAGACCUGCUUGCUUUUGCAAAUCAGGUGUCUAACGCUGCAAAACAAUUUAAAGGAUGCAGACAACAAGAAUCUGGAAUCCUCUUGAAUAUGAUCACUCCCAAGAAUGGCCGCUAUCAGAUUGACUCGGAUGUGCUCCUGUUUCCGUGGAAGCUGACUUAUAGGAAUAUUGGCUCUGACUUUAUUCCGCGGGGAGCUUUUGGGAAGGUGUACUUGGCCCAAGAUAGAGAAACCAAGAAACGGAUGGCAUGUAAACUGGUGCCAGUGGAACAGUUCAAACCAUCAGAUGUAGAAAUACAGGCAUGUUUCCGUCAUGAAAACAUUGCUGAAUUAUAUGGAGCUAUUCUGUGGGAUGAGACCAUUCAUCUUUUCAUGGAAGCUGGGGAGGGAGGAUCUGUCAUGGAGAAGCUGGAGAGCUGUGGGCCUAUGCGAGAAUUUGAAAUAAUUUGGGUGACAAAGCAUAUCCUGAAAGGGCUCGACUUUCUCCACUCCAAAAGGAUUAUCCACCAUGAUAUCAAACCAAGCAACAUUGUGUUUAUGUCAACUAAGGCCGUGUUGGUGGAUUUUGGCUUAAGUGUUCAAAUGACUGAGGACAUUUACUAUCCCAAAGACCUUAGAGGAACAGAGAUUUACAUGAGCCCCGAAGUUAUCCUGUGCCGAGGCCACACAACCAAAGCAGACAUCUACAGCAUGGGAGCUACUAUUAUUCACAUGCAAACUGGCAUUCCGCCCUGGGUGAACAGAUAUCCUCGUUCUGCAUAUCCAUCCUACCUCUAUAUUAUACACAAACAAGCUCCCCCUUUAGAGGACAUUGCUGAAGACUGUAGCACUUCCAUGAGGGAGUUGUUAGAAGCAGCUCUAGAAAGGAAUCCUAACCAUAGACUGUCUGCAGCAGAGUUAUUGAAACAUGAAGCUUUACACCCACCCCCAGAAGACCAGCCACGUUGCCAGAGUUUGGACUCAGCACUGUUUGAAAGGAAAAGGCUACUUGCAAGGAAGGAGCUGCAGUUGCCAGAAAACAUUACAGAUUCCUCAUUGUGCACUGGGAGCAUGGAGGAGUCGGACCUGGUAAAGAGGCAAAGAUCACUUUACAUAGACCUUGGAGCUCUUGCUGGUUACUUCAAUAUUGUUAGGGCACCACCAGCAUUAGAAUAUGACUGACCCAAUAACGUUUUCUAUCAGCAGGUCAGAAAUGGACCUCUACCUCUUAAAACUUGAUUUUAAGACUUGAUUUUCAAAUCUGUACAUAAAAAUAUUGCCACUGUAGGCUGUAAAAUGUGAAUAGUUUGUAAUUGCACAGAUGAUUAAGCUAAGCCCUUAGGGACUCUAAUAAGCUGAUCUCAAGCAAUGGUAUUGGUGCAUCUACUGGCUGACCAACAAGAAGACAAGAAAAAGAACACUGCAGGAAUGUCUUCUUUUGGGGGACCUUCCUGUGCUGGGCCUUACACUUUUGUAAAGCUUAUAUGAUACGCUUACAAGUAUUGCCAUAAAAAAAAAAAAGAAAGAAAAAAGAAAAAAAAAAAAAAAAAAAAAAAAAAAAAGAGCAUGCGGGCCAUAAGAUCUGGUCUGUCUGAGCUGUCCGUAGUGAAAACCUUCCCCCAAAAAGUCUUUUUUCAGUCUUGAGACCUGGCCAGUCUCUGGUUGUUCUCAAUGUAAAUCAGGAGCUUCCUCAAGCUGAGCUAGUUUCUAUAUCAGGUGUCUCUGGAGUCAAAGCAUCACUUGGUUACAGAUAUGUUUUAGCUUUGUAUCUUCCCUGUCCCCCUGCUCCUUGGGCAGAGGGAGUAUCUGGCUGUAUCUGUUAGCUCUGGGAGUGGCACAGCAAGUUGGCCCUGCCUCCACCAGCUUUUAAUGUUGCAGCUACUGCAAGGAUAUCUCAGCUAGUUUUCAAGGGUAGGGCAAGUGUCAGUUCAUAUUGGUAACAGUGGGCAAUCUCCAGUCUCUUGCUUUUUAAUGCUUUAAACUUGUGUAUGAUUGGCGUGAGCGCUACGGUUUGGAAAGCGUGUCAUUAGUGACAAGCUGUGUUUAUGUUCCUAUGGAAAUGGAAUUAUAUUGUUCUUGCUGUGCCUCAUACAUUUGAAACACGAUGUUUUGGAUGAUAGUAAAACUAUGCAAACUGCAUAGUUCUGUACAUCCCAUGGGAUGAGAACGUAAACUUUUAUAAAACUCUCUUUGAUGCUUAGGAUGACUCUUUUUAAGCAUUUUUGUUAAAAUGGCAUACUAUGUAUGUUGUACACUGAAUCUUUUCUGAAGCACAGUCUCUUUUUCAUACAUCCAUUAUUUAAUGCUGCUCCUUUCUAACAUGUAAUCUUAAACAGAUUAUUUCCAGUUUGAUACUGAUAUGGUCGAAUGAAUAAAUCCAGCUCAGUGCCUUGAGAA